AUGACUGAGAGGGAGAAGACUGAGGAGUUGGCCCUUGGUAUUGAGGACUUGGUCUGCAGACGAUGUUCGGAUGCAAAGAGAAAGCCAGAAGAGCGUGUUCAAACAGUUCUUGCCAUCGAGGCGACGUUCAGCGGGCGCAGCAGGGCCAGUGCCACGAAUUGUCCGAUCGAGGCCACAUCUCGGAACUCACAGGGCAGGAUGGCCUGCCAGAAGCGCCGACCAUGGAUGGGGCAGAUGGACUUGCUAAAAAGUCCCGCGCGGUGGGCCUCUGCGCACGUGGCCACGCGGAACCUGCUCCUGUCGGGGCCGGCGGAGGGGGCGGGGACGAGCGGUGCGCAGGCAGGAUGA